AUGGAGAGAGAAGCGUCCGCCGCAGGUCAGAGCUGUUUACUCUUUGGAGGGAAGGUAUCGGCUAAUGCCGGAGUCCUUUUCUUUGUUCUAGUGAUCGCGGCAAGCUGGGAAGAAUGGUGGACCUACAGCGGCAUUUCGGGACCAGAGUUCUGGGGAGUCCUAAACCCGGAGUGGCAUCUCUGCAGUCGUGGUCGCUCUCAGUCCCCAAUAAACCUCUAUCCAGAGCUCCUGCUCUUUAGUCCACACCUGAAGCCGUUCCGUCUAGAAUCAGUGAAGACUUCCGCAACGAUGAUAAAUACCGGACACGACAUCCUGCUUCAGUUGUCCGAAUCGGCGUCAGUAAACUUGACGGGAGGGCCUCUGCAAUACUCGUACGUGAUUUCUCAAAUCCGGAUUCAUCAUGGUGACGAUUCAUCGCAAGGCUCCGAGCACUCCAUCGGACGGCGGUUCUUCCCCGCCGAGAUCCAGUUGUUGGGUUUCAAUUCGGACCUACACCGAAACUUCACUGAAGCUAUGAACGCUAGGAGCAGCGAAGGACUCGUGGGCUUGUCUGUGAUGCUCCGGAUAGGCAACGUGUCCCACCCUGAGUUCAAAGCAAUCAGCAGCCAACUGAGCAAAGUCGUCUAUCGAGACCAGAGGGCAUCCAUCGAGCGCAUCGAUGUCUCGCGGCUCUUUCCGAACACCAAGGAGUACAUGACGUACUCUGGCUCGUUGACCCAACCCAGCUGCAACGAAGGAGUCCGCUGGAUCGUGAUAAAUAAGGCGCUGCAUAUCUCCCGCCUCCAAAUCUCCUCGCUGAGAAAAUUGAUGCAGGGCGAUAUUCUCAAUCCCAAAGCCUCGCUUUCCAACAAUUUCAGACCGCUUCAACCAUUGAACAAUAGAGUUGUUUAUACGAACAUUGAUUUCCGCCAUCAGAACGAGGAGAGAUGUCCAUCUAUGCAGAGGAAUAUGCACUACAAAACUUCCCCUCUCCAUCCGAACACAAUGUACUGA